UUCCGACCCGAGUGGCUCCGGCGGCGGGUCAGCUGACGGGAAGGCGAGAGAUGGAGCGCGCGCGGAGAGACCUGAGUGAGGUUUAUUCCAGGCUGUUCGACCACAGGCCUGUCGUCCAGGCUGAAAUCCGUUAUUUUGUCAAGGAGUUUGAGGAGAAGCGUGGGUUUCGAGAACAAAGAGGGCUUGAGAAUGUGAACAGUAUGAUAGAGGAACUUGGCAGCCAGUCCAUUCUGAACGCCAGUGAGGGCCUGAGCAGAAACAUUCCCACUGUGCUUCCCAGAUUGGAAGCUGCAAUCCAGAUUACAAACAGGAUCCAGCAGAAAGAACAGGCGGCAGAUCAGAGUAACCAGCUGCAAGCCAGCAGAGAGAGCCGCAAGGCUGAAUGGGAGGCCUUUGUGAAAGAGCAGCACCGCAAAGCUGCGGAGGUGGAUGAGGAGCACACAAAAGCAGCUGAUUGGCUGACACAACAGUACGCAGCAAUGGAGAAGGACUUGGCAAAGUUCACGACGUUCUGAGUGGUCGUCAAACUCAGACCCAGGCCGGUUGGAUGUGAUGAUGGUGCUCGAUCCUAAAGCUGCAGGAGAGGAAAAUGAAGUGAAGUUUUUCUGUUCCGCACUUCGUUUAAGAAUGGGUGCAAUGCUGACUUCUGUCGUGUUUAUGGUGGCUAUUUCAACAGAGGAAAUUAUACAAGUUUUCCAUCACUCUGCAGCAGCAGACUUUCUAUAAGGUUACAGACCAUCUGUGCAAGCACUGUGUGACAUUAUUUCUAUAAAAACCUAG